UUGAAGAUAAAUAAAUAACCCAAAAUAACGCGCCCUUACCGGUGCACACAAACCAAUGUCAAUGUUUUCUCGGAAGUUCUAUUGCAGUGAGAGAUUUUCCAGCAUCUCCAUUCUCUUUUUGAAGCCCUUUAAGUGUCUUCUGCUCUCCUCGUCUCAACGACACUGUGUGCGCACUGUCACUCUUCCAGUGAGCACACACAACACGAGGCUUGCAGCUAAGUAUAAAUCUAAACAUCAGAGGCAGGUUUGCAAGUCUGUACUUCAACAUUUUGAUGCACAGUACAGUGAAGAGCUUGGAGAGCAGUGGCAAAGUGCAAGGGAUGUGCUACUGAAUCCACACUCUUGGCAAUAUGGUGUCCUGCUUAAUCGCUUCAGUGACAUUACAAACCUCCAGCAGUGCCUCACAGCACUAGGAUAUGCAAGCCUCCUUCCACAGGUACAUCCUGAAUCCCAGUCCCAUAGAGCACAUGUUCCCCUGCAGUGUUUUAUUCACAGAGAUCCAGUGCGUCUUCCAACCCAAGGGCACCAUGCAGGCUGGCUAAAACAAUACUACCUCCUGAAUGCUGCCUCACUUCUCCCAGUACUGUCCCUGGACUUGAGGGAAGGAGAAAGGGUGCUUGACCUUUGUGCGGCUCCUGGGGGCAAAAGUCUGUCCAUACUACAGACAGCCACUCCUGGGCUCCUGCACUGCAAUGAGGUGAAUGAACACAGACACGAUUGGCUAUUGAAGACUCUGGAAUCAUAUGUUCCUCCUACACUACGACACCUGCUUGUAGUAACCCAUCUGGAUGGCAGGAGCAUCGGGAGCACACAUCCAGGGGUUUAUGACAAGGUGCUUGUAGAUACCCCAUGCUCUAAUGACCGGAGUUGGCUUUAUACCACUGAUAUCCACCAAGGGGAAAAGUGGCUAAAGGAAAAAGCUCAACUUCCAUUCUUACAGAAAGAACUGCUCUGCUCCGCACUAGCAGCAGUGCGUCCCGGAGGAGUGGUUGUCUACUCCACGUGCACCAUGUCACUUGCAGAGAACCAAUCAGUCGUGGAGGCUGUUCUUGCUUCCUAUCAAGGGGUGGAGCUUCUGGAUCUUGAGCAUAAGUUAAUUGACUCAUUAUCUGAUAAUUUCAACUAUGCCAACCUCCAUUCAUCAGUGGGACAAUUAGUGAUUCCACAAAAGGGUAAAACUUGGGGACCCAUGUAUGUUUCUAGACUGAAGAGAAUAUAUUAAAAACUCAUUGAUCAGAGCCGUGGCACAGUGGUUGAAUGUGUGCUCUUAAAAGAGAAGUAGUGCUCUAGUUGGUGAUGGAAGUUCAAGUCCUGAUUUCAAAAGGACUCAGUAAUGGGCCUGUUACGAGAACUGUUGGACGACAUAUUGUCCCAGAAAUAAUUGCAAUUAAAGAUAUUAUUUGUAUUUAUUUAUACACCCCUUUUUAUCCCUAAUUUGGAAUUCCCAAUACCCUCGAAGUCCUCGUGGUGGGGUCGACGAAUCACGUGGCUUGUUGAGCGCGUUGCCGCGGAGACAUAGCGAAUGUGGAGUUUUCAUGCUAUUCUCCACAGUAUCCAUGCUCAACUCCCCAAGCGAACCACAUUUUAGCGACCACGAGGAGUUUACUCCAUUUGACUCUACCCUCCUCAGCAACCGAGCCAAUUUGGUUGCUUAGGAGACUUGGCUGGAGUCACUCAGCAUGCCCUGGAUUCGAACUCGCAACUCUAGGGGUGGUAGUCAGCGUCUUACAGUUCUAAGAUUUUUAUUUCAUUCGAUUAUGUAGAUGUUCCAUUUUCAUUAUUGAGAACCUUGUUUUUGACUGCCCCAUGUAUUUUAAAGACAGAUAAUAUAUUUUCAUUUUAUGUAUAUUGUUAAUAUUAUUGUGUUUAUAUUACCAUUUUAUUUUUAUGUUAGUAUAUUAUUACAUAUUAAUAUUGACUGUCACAUGGCAGAGAACACUUGGAGUGCUUUCUGACCUAUCCAGAGAGAUGAAGAUGAGAGAUGUAAUGGGUGUUUAAAAGCCUCUCUUCAUCCUGUAGUAGGAAGCAUUACACAAAGCAUUGUUGCUAUUUCUGCAGUUCUCACCAAAGUCAACAAGCGCUGCUGCACGAGAGAGGGAGAAGGAUGCGCAAAAGCGGAUUUCCUGUAUUCAUGCAGAUUAUGGAAUUAAUACACCGACAAUACUAAAUCUUGUGCAGACGCUAGAUUAUUUUCAACAGGUGAUUUUAUAUAUUUUUUUUAAAUACGUGAUGCAGGCAUACGCUACAUCACAAAUUAACCCGGUAUUUUUUUGAGUAUAUCAUUAUUAAUUCAAUUGGGCAACUUGUCCGGUCGGGCAAGUAAAAUUCACUUUCCAUUUGGACUUAUUCUUCCAAAAGUUCUGGCUGGAAUUAUGCGGUUGUCGGGGAAAACACCUAUUAAAACAUCUAUUAGCCUCAAGUAACAUGUAAUCUUCGCCUGUCGAUGUUGUGUGCACAUGUGUGCACGCAGCUGCCUGGGCCCCGCCUCCGACACAGAGCGGACGAGAGUACAGACGCAGGGCAACUGGCUAAAAUGUUGGUGACAUUCAUUCUUAUGUAAAUAAACACGCAUGUAAACAAUGGGCAAUAUCGAGGUCAGCAAAAAUUAUCGAGGUCAUGUUCGUCAAUAGGUUAGUAACGUAAUUAUCGUGACAGGCCUAUUCGGUAAUUUCCAGUCUGACCUAAACCACUUAACAGAAUUAUACAACAAAGGCAAAAAGUCCAGCAAUAAUAUUCUAUAUUAUUAUUAUUAUUAUUAUAAAUAUUGUAUCAUUAUGUAUUAGUAUUUUGGCUUGGACUGUUUCUAACAAGGAUGUUCACGCGUGUGUGGUUUGGCUAUACUUGUGAGUGCCACAUUUUUGAAAAUGUCCUCACUACAGUACUGCCGCUCCCAAUAAGCAGACUAUGCAGUCUGUGUAGAGCACCAACUCCCUAGGGGGGUACCAUAUUACAAUAAAUGUACAUAUAUGCACAGAUUUCUGCGAGGGUUAGGUUUAGGGGUAGGGUUCGGGGAUAGAAGAGUUUUGCUGUUGUCAUCAAUUGAGGUCAAUUACAAAUUUUUGUCUAAUAAAAUUUUUUAAAACUUAGUUUUUCUUAAUCAUACUUUGAAUGUUUACCAUUAAUAAAAAUAUAUGAAUAUGAGAUUUUAUCCUGCAAACAAGGAAUUUACAUUUAAUUUAAGGCAUAAUCUGUAAGUGCUUUAACGGCACCCUUGUAGCUUUAUUUUUAUUAAAAAACCUGAGCAGAGCACACACUGAUGCUGGGUUAUGUAUUAACAUUAAAAGCAGUU